AAAAAAAAAAAAAAAAAAAAAAUAAUCAGCUUACUUGUUGUUUAUUUGAAAAUUGUAUAAAAUUCUGUUUCAAAAUGACGAGCCACGUUAAAAUACGUUUAGCUUCAGAAAGAGUGAAUCAUUCCGUUCCUACUAAUAGGGAAUUACCUCGAUUCUAUACUCCUGGUGAAGUUGUAACAGGCAUGGAGGAUUUUAUGCGUGGUCAUGGUACUUACGCGUCAGACGACUGUUUAAAAGCCUCCGUAGCUGGGGUAAUGCAAAAAGUAAACAAGUUGAUAUGUGUCCGACCGUUGAAGAAUCGGUACGUCGGUGAAAUAGGAGAUGUAGUAGUGGGGCGAGUUCUUGAAGUCCAGCAGAGAAGAUGGAAAGUUGAAACUAAUUCUCGUUUGGACUCUGUGCUACAGUUAUCAUCUGUGAAUCUGCCUGGAGGAGAGUUGAGGCGUAGAUCAGCUGAAGACGAGCAGAUGAUGAGGAAACAUCUGCAGGAAGGUGACCUGAUCAGUGCAGAGGUACAGAGUGUGUUCUCAGAUGGCUCACUGUCACUGCACACCAGGAGUUUGAAAUAUGGCAAGCUGUCACAAGGUAUAUUAAUGAAAGUGUUUCCAUCACUGAUCAAACGCAGAAAGAAUCACUUUCAUAACCUGCCGUGUGGUAUAUCAGUGAUCAUUGGCAACAACGGCUACAUCUGGAUCAGUCCACCGGAACAAAAUAACUUGGUGGAAGAAGAGAAAGAUGAAAUUGUUAAUGUUGAAGUACAGUGUAUUAGCAGAUCAGACAGAGAAACGAUGGCAAGAGUGAGGAACUGCAUAGCUGCUCUAGUUGCUUCCAAAAUGUUGCUAGACGACACAAGCAUCAUGUUUGCGUAUGAAGAAAGUCUUAAGUACGACAAUGUCAAAGAACUACUAGACCCUGAAGCUAUGCUCGAUGUAGCCUUCCUAACACAACAUAGAAUAAAUAAUGUUUUAGAAGAGUAAUGGGUUAUUUGAUUUGAAUUACUUUUAAAACUGCAGAUUGAUGAAUAGAUAGCGUCAUUUCCAUGGGGUGAAAGAUUGACGGUGAUAUGCAGUAAAGAUAUGUUUAGAGAAAUGUAGUUUAUGGGUCUUUGUCGAUGGGGGAGUAUUUACGAAGAGUGAGAUGAGAUUUUGACUUUCAUCACCACUGGCUCUUGGUCCAUUUGGCGAUAUUAUAUUUUGUUGUCUCAAAUACAAGGUAAAAU